AUGUCCUCCACUGAACUCUCUUCCCGUCCCCCAGGCCAGGAGCGCUUUGGGAACAUGACGCGGGUCUACUACAAAGAGGCUGUGGGGGCAUUUGUGGUGUUCGACGUGACGAGGGGCUCCACGUUUGAGGCCGUUUCUAAGUGGAAGCACGACCUGGACAGUAAGGUGAAGCUGGCUAACGGCAGCCCCAUCCCUUCGGUGCUGCUGGCUAAUAAAUGCGAUCAGAAGAAAGAGAGCUCCAACAACACAGCCCUCAUGGACAAUUUCUGCAAAGAGACUGGCUUUCUGGGCUGGUUUGAAACAUCGGCUAAGGACAACAUCAACGUGGAUGAGGCAGCGCGUUUCCUGGUAGAGAAUAUCUUGGCUAAUGACAAAGGUUUGCCUUACGAGGAGAGCAACGGAGACCGGAUCAAACUGGACGACCCCGUGGCUGCUGAGAGCAAGUCGGGCUGCUGCUAACACUCAAUCCAUCCGCAUUAGCCGUCCGCCUUCCUUUGGCAGGGUCCAUCGAGUGCACCCUGCCUGUGGCUCCAGCUCUCUCCAUUGCAGCCUCGAAGAGGAAUAGGACUCCUUUUUUUUUUUGGCUCCUCAAAGCUCCAGGAACUUCUCUCUGCACUGAUGUCCACUUGACCUGCACAUCCAAGUUUCUCAUAGCUGUUCAAAUGCUGUUUCAGGAUCUUUAUAGUUGUCUUUGUCCCAUCACAAGCCCUGAUUGUGUACUCCACCACCAACUAUUAACCCCACUCAGCUGUCCACAUAUGCUGCCUUGACAACCUUUGAAGUCCUGGACUGUACCGCGCCGGAGAAGGGGCGUAAACCGAACAGGAAGCUGAGAAACGAGCUCGAAAACAACCUGUAGCCUUUUGAUUAGUGACACUUUGGUGUACUGUCUCAGUAAUCUUGGUUUAUGUUGAUGUCACUUUGUCUGUGAAACUAGACAUUUUAUUGUUUUUCUGUCACUCUUUAGAUAACAUAGAUUGACGUUAAUGUCGCUUAAACAUUCGACGUACGGCGCGCCCUCGUUUAUGUCCCCAGCUGUUCUCAGAUUAGUAUGAAGUCAGUAAAUGGGCAUCGUAGUUGAGUUUUAUCAAAGUGUUUUCAUAUCUAAAACUGCUGUCAAAAUGUGUUGUCUUUAUGCCAUAUGUUGUCUGAAAUAAGGUGCCAUAAUACACACCAUUUUUAAACAAAUGUUAAUCAGGGGCUGGGUCAUACUUUACAUUCAUCACACCACGAGCAUGCUGAUGGACAAAACAGUAUUUAUGUUAAAAGAAAAGAACUCUAAUGAUGGUACUGUGUGAGACAUUAGGAAACCUUUGUUUGAUUGUCUGUCCACUGGUAUGGUAAUACUAUAGGUCCGAGUGUGUUUUAAAAUUGAAUCAGACAGAGGACCACACUCGGUCGUGCCUCGGGUUGCUCAUCUGUUGAAGUGUUCAGAUGGAAUCAGAAGGAUUUUUUUUUUUAUCAUGUUUACAUGUGGAAAAUACUUACAAUCUUCAAGACCAAAAUAGAAUAAACAUUUUAACAGA